AUGGGGGUGGAUAAAAUAAAAGGGAAAAGACGAGAGGAGCACAAAAGCCGUCACCCCUUCCGCUGCAAAGACUAUGACGCAAAGGACAUUGUCAUUUUGGAAGGACUAGAAGCAGUGAGGAAGAGACCUGGUAUGUACAUUGGAAAUACAGAUGUGAAAGGGCUACACCAAAUAUUGUUUGAAAUUAUUGACAACUCGGUAGAUGAAUAUAACAACUUUGAGUGCAAUGCAAUUAAAAUUGUUAUUCACGAAGAUGACAGCGUCACAAUAGAAGAUAAUGGAAGGGGUAUACCUUGUGACGUUCACGAAAAGACAAAGAAGUCCGCUCUAGAAACUGUUCUAACUGUUUUGCAUUCCGGGGCGAAGUUUGUCGAUGACGAAGCUGCUGCCGAUUUGGCGGGAGGAGCCUCCUUGGGAGGUCUAAGCGCUCAAGUCGGGGAAGACAAACAGGGCGCAAAAGGGGAGCAGAAGGGCAAGGUAAAAGUGGUGGAAAAGUUGGACGAAAAAAAUUCGCCCAAAAAAAAUCCAAAGGAAGCAUCCCAGAAAAGUGCAUCCCAAAUGUACAGAUUCUCUUCCGGCCUGCACGGAGUUGGCCUGUCCGUUGCCAACGCCCUGAGCAGCUUCAUGAAAGUGAAGGUUUUUAGAGGGGGUAAAAUUCACAGUAUCGAAUUGGAAAAGGGAAAAGUAGUAAGCCCGCUAAGUGUUCGGGAUUGCCCAGUUAACAAGAGAGGAACACAGAUACACUACAAGCCUGACCACAGCAUAUUUAAGAACACCAUCAGACAUAACGCGGAAAUGAUUAAAAAUAGGAUCCACCAACUGGCCUACCUGAACGACAAGCUUAGUUUCUACUUUUACGAUGAAAGGGCAGCUAAGAAAGUUGCGGCAUCAGUACAUUUGCCCAAGGGAAGCGAAGCGGAUGCGGUGGACGCGGGGGGAGAGAGAACUACGGGUGAUGUGGACGCCGUAGAGGAGCACAACAAUAUGGAUUUCUACCCCUACGAAGUGAUCAAGCACGAGGGGGGGUUAAACGAGUAUAUGGAAAGCUUAACGAAAAAUAAAGCAAGCCUGUUCAAAGACAGUAAUAAAAUUAUUAGCAUCUGUUGUCACCAGAAAAAAGUUCAUAUCGAUUUAAGACUGAAAUGGACGCAAGGUCAGUACCAUGAGAACAUCAUCAGCUUUGUGAAUAAUGUAAAUACGCCCGAUGGAGGGACCCACGUAGAUGCCAUGAAGUAUGCCAUCAGCAGGUGUGUAAAUUAUAAUAUAAAAAAAAACGAAGCCACAAAAAAUUUUGUUAACAUACCAGGAGAAUAUAUAAGGGAAGGAAUGACAGCCAUAUUGUCUAUCAAAAUGAAUAACCCAGAAUUUGAGGGUCAGACAAAAACUAAACUCGGUUCCCAUUUUUUAAAACCCAUUUUGGAAAGUGCCAUUUUUGAGAAAUUGUCUGAAAUUUUCGAUUUCGAACCCAAUUUGCUAAACACAAUUUAUUUGAAGGCAUUACAGGCUAAGGCAAGUGAUGAGGAAGCCAAGGCGGCCAGAGAUUUAAUCAGAUCUAAAAAUAAUCAAUAUUAUUCUACCAUAUUACCAGGAAAAUUAGUUGACUGCAUAAGUGACGACAUAAAUCGUAAUGAAAUUUUCAUCGUCGAGGGAGACAGUGCUGCAGGAAGUGCUAAGCAAGCGAGGAAUAGAGAAAUACAGGCGAUUCUCCCCCUUAAGGGAAAAAUACUUAACGUGGAAAAAAUUAAAAAUAAUAAAAGGAUAUUUGAAAACUCAGAAUUGAAAUCGCUAAUAACGGCCAUAGGGUUAAGUGUCAGUUGUGACAACAACAAAAUGACCAAGGGGAAAAAUAUGCUCAAUAAUAAAAAAAAAAAUCUCAAAAAAAAAUAUGAUUUAAAAAGUUCCAAGAAAGAAUAUGUACAAAUUAACAACACAAUGUUGAAUAAAGACAAAAAUACACUUUUGGAUACCCCGCUCAGGUAUGGAAAAAUUAUCAUCAUGACGGACGCCGACGUUGAUGGAGAGCAUAUACGCAUCUUGCUCCUAACCUUUCUAUAUAGAUUUCAGAAAAAUAUUAUACAAAAUGGAAAUGUCUUUGUUGCCUGUCCACCUUUAUACAAAGUCACGUACAAUCGAUUUUUUGACAACAAUGUGAAGAACAUAGUAAUGAAACAGUUCAACGUGAGUACGAAGAAUUCUAAGACCAUUAUCCAUACAUACUCAGAUGAGGAGCUAAAUGACCUACUGGGAUUGUUGGAGAAGGACAGGUCUUCUCACUCUGAACAGAAGAAAGUUGAAUUGGCGAAGGGGGGGCUUGCCCGUGGGGCAAAAAUCCCAAAUGACGACCAUGGUAGCGGUUUGACCAGUUUGGACAAUUUGAACUUUGGAUACAACAGCGCCGACGGGGUGACGCAAAAGGGGGGUCUCGACACGGACGACACGAAUGCCGCGCAUAGUGAGAACACAGCGAUUGGCACUUCCCACCUCAGUGGUAACGCAUUUUUUACCUUCUCCAAACGGUACGAAAUACAACGGUUUAAGGGGCUUGGGGAGAUGAUGGCGGACCAACUGUGGAGCACCACCAUGGAUCCGAGCGUGCGCAAGCUGAUUAGGGUGACUGUGAACGACGCCAUGCGGGCCAACAACCUGAUCUUCUCCCUCAUGGGGGAGGACUCCAAGUUGCGCAAAAGCUUCAUUCUGGAGAAUUCGCCCGCACCGGGGUGA